AUGAAUGGUUUUAUUGCUGUACACUGUGGGGCAGGGUACCACAGUGAUUCUUUAAAAAAGGAAUAUCAGAAAACAUGCUAUGUUGCUUGCAGAAAGGCAGUAGAAGCUCUAAAAGGAGGUGGUGAUGCAGUAGAUGCAGUUGAAAAAGCUAUCAUAGAACUAGAAAACAGUUCUCUGACUAAUGCAGGCUAUGGAUCAAAUUUAAGUUGGGAAGGAUCAGUAGAGUGUGACGCAUCUAUAAUGAAUGGUCAGACCCUGCAUUUUGGUGCAUGUGGUGCAGUGUCAAAUGUUUGGAACCCCAUUUCAUUGGCAAAACAUCUAUGCAUAAGGCAGUGUGAAAGUUUGUCUCUCGGACGAGUUCCACCAUGUAUUCUCACAGGUCAAGGAGCUAAAAUAUGGGCAGAAAGAAUGGGAUUAGAAAUAGUGGAUGAUAGAAAGAUGAUCUCAGCUCGUGCCUUUCGCAAUUAUAAACAUUGCAAGCGAAAAUUGAAGAAAUACUCUCUCCAAAAUGAUGUAAGGUUUAGCCCAUUAGACACUGUUGGGGCAAUCUGUGUAGAUGCAAAUGGUGUUGUUGCUUCUGGAGCAAGCUCGGGAGGUGUGUCUUUGAAGCAUGAAGGCCGAGUUGGUCAAGCUGCUUCGUUUGGUAGUGGUGCUUGGGCUAUGAUGAGUAGAGACGGUAUUCAGCCAUCAGUAGCUGCUUGUACUUCAGGCUGUGGAGAACAUUUAAUUAGAACACAACUAGCAAAAAAUACGGCAGAAAGCCUUUUGGAGCCAUCACCAGUUAUUGGUCUGGACAAGUGUCUAAAGGAAAAAUUUCUAGAAUCUCCAUUUUUAUGGGAUGUAGCCGAACGUUUGGGUGGUUCCUUGGCAUUAAUAUUUAAUCCUCAAGUUGGGGAAGGCGAGUUAUUGUGGGGACAUACCACAAAAACAAUGUGUAUAGGAUACAUGUCCACAGAAAAUGCUAAACCAAAGUGCGUUAUUUCUUAUCUGCCACCGAAAAUGGAAUCAGGGCGCAAGGCAGUGGUGUCGGGAAUCCCUUUUAAAGUUACCAUGCAACCUAGUCCAGUCCUACAAUGGGAAGUCAAGACUGAAGUCAAUUUAAAUGGAUCUCAA